AUUUAAUAUGUCCAAUAUGUCUUUGAAACCUUUGAUGGAAACCAACAAGUUGACUGGGUCAAACUUUCCGGUUUGGCUUAGAUGCCUGCGAAUUGUCUUAAGGCAUGAACGGAUUGAAUAUGUCUUGGACAAAGCAAUCGGUGUCAUCCCUGACAAAGCUUCCCCUGAAUACAAAGAUUUUAACGAAGCCGCUCAUAAGAAGCAUGUUGAUGAUGCAAUUUCUGCCCAGUGCAUCAUGUUGUCCUCUAUGGACAGCAAGCUGAUGGAGCAGCAUGAACACAUGUACCCGUUUGAGAUGCUGAAGCACUUGGAAAGCCUUUAUUCUGUUCAGGCUAGGACCUUGGAAUAUGAGAUUCUUAGAGAUCUUUUCAAGUGCAGGCUCAACGACUCGGGAAGGGUUUCAGAACAUGUACUGAAGAUGAUUGGACUGAUUGAGAGGUUGGCUAUGAUUGGAACGAAACUGCCUGAAAACAUCUCAAUCAACCUAAUCUUGCAGUCGUUGCCAGACUCAUUUGAGAACUUCAUUGUGAAUUUCAAUAUGAGUAAUACGACAGUAAGUCUGCCUGAGCUUCAUAACAUGUUGAACACUUAUGAGUCCUCCACCUCGAAGGGCAAGGCUAUUCUCAUGGUGAGCUCUUCUUCUGCCAAUCCUAAUGCGAAAGGAAAGAAUAAGCAGAAGAAUAAAAAGAAGAAAGCAUUUGAUGCUAAAUCCAUAAAACCUAAGGGUGGAAUCCGUAAGAAGCCAAAGCUUGCAAAGGAUGAAUGCCUUUUCUGUCAUGAAAAGGGGCACUGGAAGAAGGAUUGUGCAAAGUUCAAAGCACACACUGCUGUUGGUGUAAACUCAGGGGCUAAGUGACAGCAGGAAGGUGAGGCCCGGGGAGGUUGACUUACGCGUGGGAAAUGGAGCAAGAGUUGCUGCUGAGCGUGUAGGAACCUAUAGAUUAGACCUCCCUUCGGGAAAUAAACUAGUUUUAAAAGAUUGUUAUUUUGUUCCCUCGAUUACGAGAAAUAUUAUAUCUGUUCCCUUGCUAGACAUGG